GGAACUUUAUUACUCCCCAUGAGUUCAUUCCCCUUGCCUCCGGCGAUCAUUUUUUGUGCUAUUUUUCUUGAGGCACUAUUUCAUUGGAUUUUUGUCUCCACUUUCACACACUGACUCUUACAAUUUGUGAUUUUGCCGACCCCGCCCCUUUUCUUUUUCCCCAAUUGAAUAUCCGUUCGCGGAUUUUUGAGGGACUAUAAAAUGAGAUCAUCGACCUCGUCGCUUUCAACGCGGUCAACCGCCUCCUCGUCCGCUCGGGGAGCUGGAGGCACUAGUCGUAUCAAUAACUUUUUUGACGGGGAUCGCGAUCAUCGUGUUGAAACGGCUGACGCAAGAUCCGACGGUGGGCUACACCUAUCGGGGUCGAAAUCCUCUUCCACAACAUACCAGACUCGCACAGCUGAUGUACAACUUUGCAAGACAUACACGGGGAAUGAUCAUAGUACAAGAACCGGGUCGCCGUCGCUCACGCUUCUGGAUAUUGACGACGAGGAAAUAGCGCAGCUGCAGCGCGACAUUUUUUUCGGGAACGCAAGCAACGAAGCCCGGCCUCAGAUUCGGCACCGUCUAAGCAGCGGCCAUGCAGGCGCCCGAAAAACCGACCAGGAGGGGUACCGCACAGCGGGCAAGAAGGUUUAUUCCGGAACCAGUCCGACGUCUCCGCUUAGCUCGAGUCCAACAUCUCCCACGACCGCGACGACCGCGCCGAAGAGCUCUGGGGUCAGCGCGUCAACAAGUGCUGAUCAAGAAUGUUGGUUACUGGCGGAGCUUGUCGAUGCCUCCGAGCACGCUUACUCUAAUUCCAAAUACACAGCACAGGAACUGGAAGUCAUGCGUGGGCAUAUUCGACAGCAGCUCGCAAAGGACAGUGACGAGGACGAGGACUUGUGGAACUACGGUGCUUCCUCUGAGGCUGAUACUAGUGCCGCUCUCUCGCGUGUGAAGCGGAAAAAUGCACUGCUGAUGCGAAAGAAAAAGGCACUGCGCUUCCGCUGCCUCUGCAUCCUCGCCUACACCGGGUUUUUGUCGUUCCGCUGCGAUCCCGUGUUCUCGCGGGAGAUCACGGAGAGCACCUGGAAAUUGCUUCUGAUCACGGUGGAGUUGGCGAAUGGCAUCUUUUUCCUGUUGGACACACUGGUGGUGCGUCGGCUAAUCUGGAUGACAUCACAUCAAAACGAUUUUUUGGUGGCGCACCAAGCAGGACGAGGUCGUAUGUUUAAUACAACUGCGCUGCCCGAGCCGAAACCGAAUUCGGUUUUAUUUCCUUGGAUCUCCUGGCCGGAAGUCGUGGAAGUCUUGCUCCUCUUGGGCGCCACGCUGACGCAGUUGUUUUACCUCUUCGUUGCCACGCCCGCGACCAGCACGCGGAGCGACGCGUUUUUCCUCCAAGUGCUCGCUUUGCUGUGGCUCGUCCGCGUGCGCAUCCCGAUCCAGGCACUGUUUUUCCAGAAGACCCAGGAGCAGAAGGAACUGCUGGCGUUUCGCGACUUUCUCAAGACGCUAACGGGCGGCCAAGGGGACGGGCAAUCGAAUAGGAACAAAGGUAGCCCUCGCCCGAGAACAAGGACGUUGAAAAGUACGAGCACCUCCAAAGGACGAGGGCCGUCCUCGUUGGCGACGCGAGUUUCCUUGACGAAGAUAUUUUCCACGAUUGUGUGGAGUUUUCUUCUGUUCGGCAUUCUGUCGUACGUGCUGGCGCUCUACGUGGCCAUGGAGUACAAGCAAAACUACGAGGCAUUCCAGCAGUACAGCAAGAUGUCGGGGUGGAACUCAACGAAGCGGUUUGGCACGACGACGCGCAGCUUCGUGCAGUUGACGCGCGUGGCCUUCAUGGAUACCCGCGUUCUGCACGACGUGGUCCGGCACGCCCUGGGCUGCUACCCGUCCUUGGGGUACAUCUUUCUGUUCCACUUUUUUCUCUGCGGGUUCGGUCUGUUGAAUGUCAUCCGAGCGUCCGUCGUCAGUUACGCCGGCGUAAAGACCGCCGUCGAGGAAUUGGAAAUGCGAAGCAGCCAGUUCGGAAACAAGCCCACCGACGCUAACAGCGGACACUUGCAGAAACUGGCCGAAAUUUACGAUGUUUUCAAGUUUGUCGCGGAGAAGAAGCUAACGCGGUUUGCGCUCCAUUCAAGUGGUGGCACUUCUCUGGAUGUGGACAUGAUCAUUGACAGCAGUAGUUCAUCUGAGGAACACCACUCGCUCUCGUCUUCAGCCUACGAAGCCCGUAUAAGAAGUCGGAACAAACAGACGGAGGCUGCCCGGCGACUCAGACACAGCAGUAGCAGUCGCGUGCUUCAGGCCUCGCGGAUAGUUACGUCGUCUGCAGGUCGUGGCCCGGGCGCCUUUGCUCGGAGUAGAUCCUCUCCUAUCGGAGUGAAGGAAGUGGCAACUACUACGUCCUCUGGAGCAGCAGGAGCGUUCCAGGUCGCUGCGAGGUUAGCGGCAAUUCCAGAGGAAGCGCGUCGGGAGUACGAGAAAGGUGCUGCUCGGUGCAUCGGUGUGCGGAAUGUCGUAUCGAAAGGAAAAAUCCUCCCUCCCCAUAUCAAAACGGAAUUUCUGAUGCUGGAUUUGCGUACACAAAUCAGGUUUGUAUUGCAGAGAGGCACUGCGGCCAGAUCCCCAGGCUAGGUAGGGGCGUACGGGUCUAGUUGUUCAGCAUGGCAAGCGGCUCACUUUUAGGCCCAACAGCAUGACAAAGCGCUUCCAUAAUGAAGCGGAAGCUUCUGCCAUCGUCUUCUCGCAGAGGGGGGAUUUUUCCUUUUGAUAUGUCGUUCCCAUGCCACCAGACGUGAAAAUUCAGAUAUGGCUUGCUCAGAUGUUACAAUCUCAAACGUUACAAUAGAAUCUGAAAUUUGUGUUGCAUGAACAGCAUGAAUACCAAAGAGAGACUUGGGCUUUUCGCAAUACAAAUUUCGGCAGAUCUCCAUGCGGUUUGGAGUUCCGAAACUUGUCAUGCGCGCUCCUGUGGGAGUAGGCCAGAUGUUGUGCAUUUUGCAACACAAAUUCUAGAUUCUGUUGUAACGUUUGAGAUUGUAACACCUGAGCAGGUUAUAUCAAAAUCGCUUUCAUUCUACCAUCGGAGAUGCCCCCUCUUGUGCGCGUCCCCGCGCGCAGCUGUUUGUGCGAAGAAAGGAGUUUGUCAGCUUCUUGAUCUCUCAAAGACUCUUGCCCAUGGAGGAGAAUUUCGUUGACCCGAAUCGAAGUAAGGUCGAUGAAGAUACGUUAAUUCUGCUGAAUGCGCUGACCGCUGGUUUGGUCGAUGUGGCCGAAAACGGAUUAGUACGACAAGUGCAUGGAAGAAAAAGUUCGAUUGCAAAGCGGCGCGAAAACCCACAGCAAAGUGAAAAUGGUUCUUAUCGAUCCAUGUUUUACAACAGCCGGGCGCAACAACAGGAGGAACAGAGUUGCUGCCACGUCCUGUUCCCCAGACUUUGUCAGCUGAUGGAAGACGAACUCAGGGCGGAGCUGGGAGAAACAAGCGAGCACGGCGGGCCGUUGUGUGUACAACACGUGUUCGCAGACGUGGACGAGCUUUUUGGCGCUUUGCACAAGAUGCUGCUAGCCGCAGAUGGGACAAACCUGGGCCGAGCAGCGGCGCACACUGCAACGAGUGCCACCUCCGUGAUAGCCAAGGCGGCCAGCAGCAAGGACAUGAGCAUUCUGUGCAAGGGUUUCCAUGCGGCGGCGCACACCAAGCUGGAAACGGAGCUCAGUGCGGAGCUGCAGCAAUUUCAGGAGUAUUUGAAUAAGAUCGAGUUGCUAGCCGCCCGUGUUAGCCACGGGGCGAACCGCAUGUUUUCCGCGGACGGGCGAAAGCGCAAGCUCCCGUUUUGCAUCGACCAGAAGCAGGGAGUCGAGAAGCUGCUGCGCGAGUCGAGGCCUAACGGAAGUGCCGACACAGGACGUAGUAAGAGCGGUGCUACGAAAAAGCUCUCGGCCUCGGCCGGCGCAAACAGUCCGAGCAGGCGUGCAGCGGCGAGGGAGAUGAAUUUGAUUUCAAGUUGGAAACUUCCUAGGUUUCCAGAGGCCUGGUGAGACCGUUGAACGUGAAAAGUUUUCCGUUGCAUCUUCAUCAAAUGCGGAACCCGAUGCUGACAAGUCUCCGAAGAUGCGUUAGUACAGAGAAGAACAACAUGCGAGUAUAGUAUAUCACUUCAAGGAUUUUUUGCACGUAAAAGAUGGAAGUAAGAUGAAAAAUUUACUGGUAAGCUUUCACUUGAAAUAAUAAUGAUACGACUUUAUUCCCUUUUGCAUGCAGCACAGAAUUCGUAACGUUUUGCUUAUUGUACAAUUUCUGACGCUUCCGUACAUACACUUUUAUAACGAUACACAUUGGCGUACGAUUGUUUCUCCUUGUACGAAGAUGGUAGAUUAUAAUUUUGUCGCUUCUGGUGUUCAGGAAAAAGUCGGUUUGUCACAUGCGGUGCUGCC